AGUUAAAACCGCAUGCGAAGCUCCAUUUGCAUUAAUCCGUUACCCCUUUUUUUGUUAGUUUUGUGUACCGAUUCAAGAUCUAGUAGCGUGCAGUGAAAAUGGCGUACGAACUCCUAUGGGAUGCUUCCUAUGAAUAUCUAGAAAAAAACGUUUCCUUCGUAAAUUCGCUCACACGAUUAAUGCUAGAAAGAGCAAAUAAUCAUCGCUCCCAGCUAUUCACCCAGGCCCACAAAAAGAGUCCCACAUUCUUGGAGGACUUCAAAGUAGCGCAUGAUGAGGUGCAAAACAUGGGCAAAACACUGCAAACGGUAGUGAACGAUUGGAAAAGCUUGUUUGCGGAAGUUACCUCAAAUGUGUGCAAACAAACAAUUCCGCAACCGAUUGCGCCCAGUGCCGGUUUAACCUUCGAUUACAUCAAACCAUUGCUCGAAUAUAAAGUGAAUGAGAAAGUUCAGCUAAUUGUCACUUAUAUCCCGGCAUCACCGGAAGGCAUUUUUUACGCGAUGGACGACUCUCGGAAAACAGACUUCCGCGCCAAUUUCACACCAAUCCAAAAAACGUGCAAAACUUUCCUGAAUAAACCACCGCCCGCCGGUGUUGUGUUUAUGGUUUAUAUAGACAAUCUAUGGACGCGAGCUGUUUGUAAUGUGGCGACGAAAGGUAAAACUCCUGUAGCAAUCUAUCUGCUGGAUCUGGGUGAAGUAUUGCCUUAUGAAGAUCAUGUUCCUAAAGCGAUGCUGCCUGCCGAAUUCAUCAGCGUACCGGGGUAUGCGAUGAAAUGUACGAUCGUCCCCAAGACUGUUUCGUUUCCAUUUAAUCUGUACGAUAUCGUAUCUUGUAACGUGGUGGCAGUACAAAAUGAUCUUCUAGUAUUGGAAUAUAACGACGAAAAGCAAGCAUUUUGCUGCUCUAUUGCCGAGGAAACGAUAACGAAGACUGAAUGGGAACAGCAAGAUGAUGUGGCCAAAAGAACAAAUGUAAAUAAAUUAAAUAACAAUCAAGAUAAGCAAGAAUACUCCAAAACUAGUGGAAGGUCCACAAAAGCAGAACAAAAGGCGCAACAAGCUGAUGCGAGCCAAAGUCAAACAAAUGUAAUCAAAAGAGCACAUAACGAACAAAAAGAAGAAUUCCCCAUCAGGAAUUCUUCCAAAGACACAAAGCGGGAAGAGCAAUAUAAUGUAACCCAAAGUACAACAAAAGAGAUUAAAUCAGCACCCAAUGGAGAAAAGCAAGAAUAUGCUAUCACCAGGGCAACGUUCACCGAGGCAGAGCUGGAACAGCUAGAUGAUAUAUCCCAAAGUACUUCAAACGCAAUGAAAGCCGUACUCGGGUACGUGCCGAAGGAUGACGAAAGGCUCUGUAAACACUACGAUCCGGCGACGAAAGGCUGCUUCAAGGGAAGCAACUGCCGGUUAAGACAUGAACCGAAAGAUCCGGACGGAUGGACGCUCGAUAAGGAUACCGUUUCCGUCUCCAUUCCGGCGCAGAUGGAAAUACCACUACCCAAUACCUAUAUUACACUGCACCCGACAUGUAUUAUCGACGUGGACACGUUCUAUGCGCACGUCGCUGGGGACGAAGCGAACUAUGCCAAGUAUGAGCAACUAAUGGCUGAAAUGAACGAUCCAGAAAUGAUAGACAAUUAUAAAACGCUUAAACUAAUACCCGCGCUUGGCGAAUUAGUAAUUGCUAAAUACGAAGAUAUGUGGUACCGAGCGACAGUUUGCGAUGUGUUCGAUAAUAGGAUCAGUGUGUUUUACGUCGACUACGGCAAUACGGCGACGGUUGGUACAAACGAAGUGCGCCGUUGGGAGGAUCGCUUUAAGUUUCUCCCGUUCCAAGCUGUGUAUUGUCGUAUCUCCAAUAUACAGCGCAUUAAACCAUGCCAUUUGCAAGCUAUUCAACAGCUACACCACUGUAUUCUGGACAAACCGAUAAGGGCUUUGAUAAUUGACAAUAAACAUCCGUGGGAAGUUUUGAUCUAUGAUGAAGAUAAUUUUGACGUCGGUGAGGCACUGAUUAUGACCAAAUUAGCGCUUCCAAGGAAGCCAAGUAAAUUUGACGAAAACUCCUACAUUCCUGGAUGAGUAAUGUAUUGUGAAGGUAGCUAGUUUGAAUUGUUUCUG